CCCCCCAGCGAUUUAUGACGUCAUAACGUCUGCCAAGGUGAACUACCCAAUUAUUGGUCAGCCAACAUAAUGAGAUGAGUUACUUACCUUUCGAACUUCCACAAAACACUAUCUAAUCUACGGCCUAGAUCUUCGUGAUUUAAAUUUCCAUUAUUAUAGAAAUAAGAAUACAUUUUCAUUUAAACUUCGUUCAGCGAUCCAACUGUAAAAGAAGAAUGUUUCAUCAAAUUGACUUACAUGUCCGAUACAGAAUGUGGCGCCAUCUGUGUGCGCAAAGAUGUGAUGGACAAAUUCAAUGUUAUUAUGGAAGAAACCAAACUCGAUGCUAAUGAACUUAUGGAACAUUUUUUUGGACUGUAUAAUUGCUGUGUUAAGCUCGUUCAUCCCAACAAACUGCCUAUGGGCCAGAACCCUGGUGUGGGACUGCCAGUUCAGAUCAACUCUGCUCAGCUUGUACAGAUGCAGCAACAGCAGCAGCAGCAUAGACAAAUUAACUCCGAAGUGAAGACAGAAAAUGAAGACUUCAUUCCUGUGGGUAUGACUUACAAUAACAAUAACAUAAAUAACAACAUGGCAGACAGCAGCGGGAGCAGCAAGAACUCUUCAGUAAGUGAGAAUGAGGAAGUUACCUGUGUUGGAGUAUCCCAGAUUGGCGGGGAUUGUAGCGUUGAUGACAAGGUACACUUACUGCAGAGAUUAAGAGAGCAAGCCAACGCAGCCAACUUUAGUGCAGGUGGUGGUCAGCAAGGAGCUGUGUACCCCCAUUACAAUUCUUUUACAGCUUCGUCAAUGGGGCCACCCUCGAUGGUUCCUUUACCCAACGCUACUUUGUAUACUAGCACUGGGGACAAUGGGCAGCCAAGGAAAAGAAAAAAAAAGCCAAAGAAAGCAAAGCUACUGUCAUCCCCAGCCCAGGCAGCUUCCCUUACUGAAGGAGAAGAUUUGCUGAAAAGUUCCAUGUGCUCGCUGUGUCAAGCUGUAUUUGCCAGGUUUACUGACUUGCUGGCACAUCACAAAGCUGUUCACAACUCGGACACCAAUCACCCUCUGCGUUGCAGGGCUUGCGGGCGCACUCAGACUUCUGAGGCCGGCUUGAUCUACCACCAGGUCUACGUUUGCAAGAUGGUGGAAAGGCCACACGCCUGUCAACUAUGUGGCCUGAAAUUCCAGACAGAGGAAAUGGUUUUGGUGCACAAGUGUAGUGGUUGCCCUAGAAAAAAGUAUGCCUGUGAGUUCUGCGACCACUACCGCACAGAGUCCUCGAGUGACCUUGAAAAACACAUGAGGAUCCACACCAAUGACAAAUGCUAUGUUUGUAGGGUGUGUGGCUUCUCCACUGCCUGGAAGAAAAAUCUAAAGGAGCAUAUGGUGAAGCACUUAGGGCUGAAGCCUUACGUCUGUGACCUCUGUGGCUAUAGCACCUCCGACAGGCACAACUUGCGGGCCCACCGUCUCAAGCAUUAUCAGAAAGGUGAAGGUUGUGAAAAGUGUGGGGGGGAAUGCCACUGUAAGCCUCUAGCUAUCAAGAAAAGAAAAAUGAGCCUUGGUGCUUUGGAUGGUAACAGCCCAGGCUCGACAGGGGGCAAGGAUCUUGAGUGCCCUUACCCCCAGUGUGUGUAUCGGACCAAGCUAGAAUACAUGAUGACCAAUCACAUGCUGCGUCAUCAAGGAAUGGCAGAGCAAGGGAUGGGCGCCCCUCAGGCAGGAGGCAAUGCAGCAGGUGGGGGAAAUAAUGCAGGAGGAGGCGGAAACAAUUAUAACGGUCAACAUGGGAACCAGGAACAAAACAAAAACCAUCACCGUGGUCAAGGGGUGAUGGCUAACAGUGGCGGAGGGCAGUAUGGUGCCGGAGGCCAUCAUUCUUCAUCUCCUGCUUCAUCCAUCUCCUCCACAUCUUCCAUUCCUACUUCCUCUAUCCAAUCCAGUCAACCCAACCCGCCCACCCUUGUGUCAACUCAGGCGGUCAAUCAAAUACCCAUAGAAUGGAAGGCCAUCGGCCAGGUACCACCUCCAGGGGUAUGUGGGGUGUUGACGGCUCCUAACCAUUUUGGCUCUCUUGUCCACCACCAACAGGUACCCCUCACUGCUCAGUCCAUGGGCACUUGGGCCUCCCCUCUCUCUCCACCUACUGUACCCCCAGGGCUUCUUGCUAAUAGAGUGAACGUCCAAAUGGCUGGACAGAACAUGGUGGCUCGGCCGAUGCCUGUGUUCCCCAAUAUGCCCAACUGACUAUAACAGUGGAGCGGUGACAAUAAAUCUCUUAUCAUUUGCAUAGUAACCACGUCAUGCACCACUAGAAAUUUAGUGCCAUAUGCUCACCACAUAUAGCAACCAAACUAAAAGAUGUAAGAGUCUCUCAUUUUAUUAAUUACAUUCUAUAAACAUUAUCAUACAUGUUGAGUGAAGCAAGGGAAUUUUUCUGCCAUGUCUUGAAUAACUUUUUUUCUCAAGUUUGUUUUUUCGUGGCUUAUCCGAUGAUGGACGUAUUCCCCUGUCACAGUUUUAUUGCAACCACAUGCUUCAACAAAAUGAAAGCUUCAAAAAAAAAAAGAUAAACAGUCUGUGUUAAUGUGGCUGAAAUAAAAUCAUUCUCACCUAUUGACAACUUUGUUUUUUAUUUCACAUCACAAGAGGAUGGAUCUGUUCAUGAAUGGCAUUCAGUGUUGUGUAUCUCAGAUUGAAAGAGCUGUGAGCUCUGUGUCCACAAAUGAAAUUGACAUAUUGGAAUACCCUUUUAUUUUUUUCAUCAGCUAUUGAGGGUGUAUAUGAUUCUAAUGUGACAUGAUUUGUGUUGAAUGUAUCUUAUAAUUUAUUUGAAAGGAUUGCUGCCAAUAUACAACUUCAUAGGAACUAUUUGUCACCUGAUCUGAUGUGAGGCAACGGAAGAUUACCGUUCAGCAGUAGCUAAGUAGGUUGUUUUUGCGUUGAGGUGUAAGUCAUACCGAAAUUAUUGGACAGAUACUGCAAUUAACCUGUUGAUGUCAGCUAACUUGAAAAAUUUUGCUUGCACCUAUUGUGUCAGCACUUUACCAAGUGUUAGUCAAAGUGUACUGGAAUGUCUGGUGAACAAAUUAGAGAUGCAUAAACAGGUUUAUAAUUCAGAGUUCAUUUUUUAUUUUAGUUACCAAUGUAUGGCCAAUAACCAGUUCAUGUUAGUUUUUAAGACCCCAGUCCUAAAAGUAUUUAUGCUAAAUUCUUUUAUGACAAAAGGUUAAGCACCACUUUUAGACCUUGUGAUCCAUGGGAAAGAUGAUAAAAGGUUAUCUGUUUCUAUGGCAAAGGAUUAAUGAGAGUGUCAUGUAGCCAGCACAAUGACCAACCACCUAAGUUUUCCCCAACUAAUGUCAGGUACACAUUAGAUUUGGGUGGACUCAGUGGCAUCCUUAUAAAUCCCAUUAAAAGCUCAAAAUCCCAGUCAUCAUUGGUAUUGAAUCUGUGUCGAGUGCAGCAUCACUCAGCCACCAUGUCCCUAUUUUUGAUAAAACUGAACUCCUUUUAUUUUGGCUAUUCUUUAACUUAAGACUAUUUAAACUAUGGUACAUUUUCAUACUCCGAUAACUAUGUAAAUGUUGACAUGCCAUUUUGUUGGAGUUACUUAUUUGUACUGUUUCAGUUAAAUUGUUUUUAUCAACUGGAUAUAGACAUUUUCAGUUUCUUUACUACACAUUAUGAUUAUGUUUACAGGGUGAAAUGAAAAUUGGAAAGGAAAUAGAGAGAGUUUUCUUACUAUUCUUAGCUACUCUUGUUAGAAGAAUUUUUCAUAAAUGAUGAAACUUAUUGGAAGCUAUGUUUUUUAAAUUUUUUCUUCUGAGAAUAGAAAUUCAACAAUAUUAAAUAAUGUAAGAUGUUGAUAGAUAUUUUAACCAGCGAAAGAAUUAAUUUUGCAAGAAAAGAAAUAAUUGUUGGUGCAAUCAUUUUAAAAACCAUUAUAGAUCUAGAUUCUCUUAACAGGAAGUUUUUAUAUUAAGUUGCAGUAUAUCUUUACACAUUACUCAUUAGUUAGAUUAAACUUUUAAAAAAAUGUGCUAAACUUCAGUUUAAUUUUUUAAAUAUUAUAUACCAACAAUGUCUUCCACAAUAAAAGCACUUAGUGUUAAUUAAGUGGCUUUCUUAAAUUGAGAACAGUUCUAAAGUGGUUACUUAAAUGACAGUCAUCAUUCAAUAGUUUCUGACCAUUAGGUGAAGUCCUUUAUUACUUAAAUAUCUUUUCAUGAAGCUUUUUAAUUUUUAUUGGUCUAAUUACAUGAUUGGUAAAUAAUAUUAGAUCUACUUUGAAUUUGUAUUUUAUAAGGUUAAACAACAAUAGAUUUGAAAAAAAAAGUAAAGUACUAGUAGCCUUUUCAGACCUUGCUUGCACAGAAAUAGAAAUGAUAUAUAUUCUGAUAAGAAUUGUUUUUGUUAGGUAAUGUAGGUCUUUUGAUGAACAUUUAAAAAUAGAUUUAUAAACUUAUGGUGUUAGUAUUACUAUGUUGUGUGGAAAAAAAAAGAUUCACUUUGAACACUAAUUUUAAUGGGUAUUUCCCCUUUGUAUGGCAAAACAAUGUAUACUGAAGCUGGUUCAGUACUUACUGACCAGUGUGUCUUACACAUGAUGAUGUUUGGAAACAUCUCUACAGCUAAUUGGCCUCCUUCAGUCAAGGGACAGACCAUGGUUCAUCUCAAGCACUUUUUCAUGUGGCUGUGGAGCCCUAUUUUGGAGAGACACUCCCUUCCACAUAUGUUGCAGGUCAAGGUGGCUGUCACUUUUUUUGGUAGAUGAGCUGGCCAUUUUUUGCAAGGCACACUUUUCUUCAAGAGCCGAGGCCUAUGUUUUCUCGCUGUUCAUCGCUUUCUUGGUCACCGUCUCUCUCCAACUAGUGCGGUCUAGGGCUAACAGGACCUCUAACCAUCUGUUGUACUAGGUAAUAGGUUUACAUAGUGCUGCUUGGAACAAUACUUUACAGUGAGUCAGACUGUGGUCUAGUUUGAUUUCUUUUGAGAGGGGGGGGGACUGUCAUGUAUUCAUUUUUAGAUGUUAAGAAGUGAUUCAGAUGUGUACACAACUUUUCCUUAUGUUCUUGGCAUUUUAUUUUUUUUUGGUACUGGACUUUGUCCUUUUGAUUAUUUUGGACUAGAAAUUUUAAUGUAAUGAGGGUUAGAGUAGCAAAUUAUUGCUAGAUAAUGCUCAAGCAAUAAGUGCCAUUUCCUCAAAUUUUGUAGAGCUUGUAGUCAGUUUUCAUCUUCCCCUGGGAAUAUUUGUUUAUCUUGAGUCUCAGUCUGUAACUAUUUACCACUCAGGCAUUUUGUAAAACAGCAAUUAUUUUAGCUAUCAAAAUAAUUUUUUUUUAUCUUUGCUAUAUUUUGAAGCUGUUUAAAUUUUUUUUGUCAUCGUUCAUGACGCCUAUUAUAAUAUCCCUACAAGAUCAACGCCUAAUCUUUUGACUCAGAACCGGACACAACAGAAUGAGACAACAUAUGUUACAGAAGCUAAAAAAUGGUAACCAGUGGAGUGUCACCAGAGAAUGCUGACCAUGUCCUUUAAAAUUGCAUUCUUUACCAAGAGGCCCGAACAAGACAUUGACCCCAAAAUACCCAUUUAUACAGAAAACUAUAUGUAGAGAGCUCCCUGGUUUGGAAACCACUGUGCAGUUCAUCUCAUAUAUUGGUCUAGUCAUCUGAAUCCUCCAACAUAAUACGGUAAUGAGAACGAGGAAAAAGAAGAACCAUUCAUAAAAGUUAAACAUAAUUUACAUUACUGGGUACUCCCUAUUCCUCUUAGUUUAUUGUUCUAUAGAAAUAUUAACAAGAUUUGUUUGAAUGGAACAAUUUAUACAAGGUAUCAAAAACAGCAUAUCACAUAAAAGUUAGUCAAAUUUUUUGAAAAUCAUUUAGUAACAAUGCUAGCUUGUGCAGGAGGCAUGGCUGUGAUAAUUCACCUUGAUCUUUAUCAGUGUCUGGAUCUUGACCUAAACAUGAACAAAUAUUGUAAAUACGAGGGGAGUAGUUCAUAUUAUGCUGGGCUAUGCACACAACUCUUUGGUCAUGCUUACUGAAAUAACAGGAGAAACCCUUUCUGAAAUGGAGGCGCUAUCUAUGCUUUAACUGCACUGUAAAUAAGACAUUAUGUAACAAUUCAGAACGCUUUUACCCAACCAUUGAAACUGCACAAAUGUCAUAAGUUAAUUUUCAACUUUUGUUUUUUUGGUUGGUGGUUCAGUCCAAUUAUUUUUUUCCCCCACUCUCUUUUUGUUUGAAAAACAAAAUUAUUUAUCAUAAUUAUUAUAUACAUGUCUAUGUUUUUAUAUAAUGUUAUAUACUGUAUCAUUUAAAAAGAAAUAUUCAAUGAAAGCAAAUAUAUAUGUAUACAUUGCAUUUAUAUGCACAAUUUGUGUGUGAAUAGAUCUAUGGAUGUCAUUUUUUUUAAAAAUACUAUGUAAAUGUAUUCUUUUAAAAUAAUUUAGUACGUCAUUGUUUAAAUUUCAGUUGGUAUAUUAAUAUUGGGCUUAUGAACAUAAUUAGAGUUGGCAGUUUUAUAGCCUAAUUAUGAUUCAACCUCAUACUAAUUGAUGCUUCAUUACAUGUAGAUAAAAAUUUCAAGAUAAUGGUUGUAAAUAAUACUUGACAUGUUUUUAUUCUUAUGAAAAGUAUCACAUUAACUUUGGUCUUCAUUUGUCUUUGUUCCUGGGAGAGGUCUGAUUUGUAACAACAUAAUAUGUGCUACUUAAUUGUAGAUAACAAAUUUGAUUUUAUUUGGUUUUCAAGUCUUCCUUUAAGUUUGUGUAAAUGACGGAUGUCCACAAUUAAAACUGCACCUAGAGGAUAACAUCGUUGUCUGUUGUAUGUUCUAUACCCACAAAUCUUGGUUAGAUACAAAGAUUAAAAGAUGGGUUUCAUGCUUUUAUGUGAAUUUCAUGUGAACAUGUUAUCAUGACAGCAAACUGGAAGUGGGUUUAUUUAAGGUCAUCUUGUAUGUGUGUGGGAGAAGUGGUCUGCCACAGACUAUUUUUUUUUUUGCUCAUGAAAUUGAGUGCAAUUUUGUUGCAGUGACAUUUACGUAUAUUGGUUCUGGAUUUCAAGGUUUUGGGAGAAUUUUUAUUUUCUCCCCACUAAGAAUGUUGAGGUCAUUAUGUUUACCACACAUUAUAAGGUUUUAUCUUGAAAAUGGUCUCUUAAACUAUUCAUCCACAACAAAAUACUAAGGACUUAUGGCGCAUAUGAUGGAAAGGAAUCUCUUGGGUGGUGUUGUUCUAAUGAAAUCAGACCAUCAUUACAUUGGACACUUGGAAUAUAUACAUUUUACAUGGUGCUCUGUUCACGUGUCUCCAUACCCCCCCAAAAAAAAAAACAACCUCAAACAAAUUGUGUCAAUCAGUGAUACCUAACCAACAGUGUAUGCACCAUAUCCAGUCAGUGAUGCAGCACUAUCCACAGACACCCCCCCCCCCCUCAAAACUUCUGCCCAAUGAAGACGCCUUCAAUUAUUUUUUUUUUGCUGUGAUGUGGGCCUUGACAUGAGCUCUGAACACUUCAAUGGUUGGGUACUGCUUGGUGGUCACACCAUCCAAAGAAGAAAGACAAGGCAAAAUGAAUUUAUUCCAUUUUUUUGUUUAUUUGUAUUGGUUGCUACAUCUUACAUUAUGGAUGUACACACCAAAAGACAAGCAAAACAAAAUAAAAGGUUACAAUGCAAAUUAUAUUAUUCUUCCUCACUCUUGUCAUAUCAAAAGAUAAAGGAUUAAUUGGAUGCUUAAGGAUCAACUUCCAGCCUCCUGCCAGUACUUUCAAAUAUAACUUUUUCUCUGCUAAAAGGGGACGUAAGCUCCACAGCCUGACUGUUGUUCCUAGCAAAAUAACUGUCAGCAUUGUUGCAUGACAUUGGAAUGACAAUGUUGGCUUUAAGUAAUGUGCUGGAUAUGCAAACUCAUUGAAACAAACACUGACAAGCAGGCUAGUUGGCUUAACAACUAUUGUUGACCCCAGACAUUUUUAUAGUAACUAUACACACAAAUAAUUUAGCAGUAGGCUGAUAUGGCAAUAUAGUCAAAGUUGGUUGUGCAAAUGGAAUGCGUUUUUUUUUUGUUGUUAUUUUGACACUGAAGAAGGGUUUUCUUACAAUGUAUUGGAUAGAAGCACAUAGAGUACUGCAGCAGUUCUUCAUGAAAUAACAAUCUGCCAACAGGAAAGUUUACAAAUCUUACUACUGGACACAAGUACAUUGUAACCUAAGAAUGCUGUGUUUAUAAAUAUAUUUUAGAUGGAUUUAGAUGUGAUCCUUUGAGGGAACAAAUAGAGACAUUGAUAGAGGAGUUAGAAAAUGUUUUCUUUAGGUUAUUAAAAUGUAUAAAUUUACUUUGUCUUCAGUUACCGCAAUGUGUUGUUAAAUAACACUUAUUUGAAUGUUAGUUUGAGAAAAUAACUCACUUUUUAAUUGGCCAAAUAGUAACUUUUUAAAAAUACAUUUUGUUGAAAUGUUUUGGUCAAUAUGUUUUUUAGGGAACACUAAUGUUGAAACAUCUCAAAACAAAAAUGUUAGAAAAAAAAAAUGAUCACAAUUUAUAUUAAAUUUUUCUUUUAAAAAAUUUACUUUAAAAAUUGUACAACUGUAUCUUUAGGUUGUGGUAGAUCAUAAAUAUAAAGACUUGGAUAUGUGGAAACUAAAUUGUCAUUGACAAUAAUUACAUAUGUUUACAAAGCACAAUUAGUUUACACAUAUUGUAAAAACCAAACUCAGGUUUUUUUAUUGUCAAUAUUUUAUAUAGACUACAAGCCCAGCUGUUAACUUUAAAACUUUGAUAAAACUCCUGAAAAAAUUAUCUCCAGACUAUAUUCUCAUUAAGCACAUCUGAGAGAUGACAGCACAUAAUGGUGAUUUGUAUGGUAAAUAUUUAAAUAUUCUAACAAGCAUACGCUAAGGAACAUAUCAGUCAUGAAGUGGUAAAACAUGAUACAGUUCAACUACACCAACACACAUUUUGAUUAAAAUUGGUUUAAAACAAGUCUCUAAAUACAUUCAGCUCACAUUGUAAAACAUUUGAUGGAUGGAAACCACAUAGACAAUAAAAGUUAUUUGUUGAACAUAUGAUUUAUGAGAUACAGGUAACUUAUAGCAAGUUUUGGUCUAUAAAUGUUACAGUCCAAUUUCAGAAGCAUCAUGUAGAAACAAUAUAAGGAAGAUAAACAGAUUU